AUGUGCGGCGAGCUGCUGUCGCGCGAGAGCUCGGGGGGGCGCGGCAGCGGCACCAGCACCCCGCUCCUGUCCUCGUCCGUGUCCGUGUCCAGGGACUCGCCUCGCGGCAGCGCUGGAUCCGUCGAGGACUUCGGGGCCCCGGCUACAAUCGGCGCGGCCGACAUGAACGGCGGCGGAGGCAUGGAUCGCCCGUUGCUCACCCGGGGGCGGUCUUCCUCGUCCUCGGGCAUUGGGGGCGGCGGAGCGGCGGCGAUGGUGUUGGACUCCGGCGGCGGGGGGCGCAGCGGCGGCGGGGCCGGAGCCCUGCACCGGGGCGGGAUGCUCGGCAACAUGAGCGGCAACGGUACCGGCAACGGAGGCGUUUCCGACGACGGCGAGCUUCCCUCGUGCCUCGUGGGGAUCCUGGACUCCUUCUUGGGAGGAGGAGGAAAAUCCUACGUCUCCGAUGGCAACAGCAUCCGCAGCGGCAGCGGCGGAAGCGCGGGCAACAACAACGCCAACGAAAAGAGCGGCAACAACAACGGCGCGGCCCCGCCCCUGCGGAGCCCAUCGACCAUCACGGGCAUCGAGAUGGAGGUCGGCCGCUCGGCGUUCGCCCGGCUUGGCGAGCGAGGACUCGACGACAUCAAGGACCUCUCCGGGGCCGGGAUAAGCGCGCCCGAGUCCCCCGAGGGGUACUACCACCUCUCGGACGAGGCCGCGGCGGCGAUGGGCGCGGUCUACAGCUCCGCGGCGAGGGGCAACGCGCCGUGCGACGGGGUCGGCCUCGCCGCGGCAAAUGCCGCCGCUGCCGCUGCCGCCGCCGCGUCCAACAAGGCGGCGGGGGCGGGGCCGCCUCCGAGGGUAACGGCGGCGGGAGUCGGCCGAGGAGGGUCCAUGUCGUCGGGGUCAUCGUCUUCCGCUUCGACCUCUUCGCCUUUCGAGGGGUUCAGGCUGAGGGAGGGGGUUAGGGGAAACAUGAGCGACGGUGCGGCGACCACCCCGGGUGCUAUUGCGGCAGUGACCGGCGGGGUCUCGCGCCUGGUUCUGGAUACCACCAACAGCGGCGGCGGCGGCGGCAACGGCGUUUCUCCGUCCCUCGCUUCCGCCGUCGGGCACGUAAGCGGUGGCCUGGCGGCGGGCGGCGGCGGCGGCGGCGGGACAGCGGGCCCCAACUCCCUCAAGACGGUCAAGAUCACCGGCACCGCCGAGGAGGUGCAGCUCGCGGAGUACCUGAUCCGGGUUAGCACCACGGGGGGCAACAUGGCGGCGGCUUCGUAG